CGUGCUCGCUAGCGUUUUAAAGAUUUAGGAGCACAGAGCCAAGUGGGGGGUUGACAAUACCCAUACGUGAACACACACAACGUUAUCUCACCUACAAAACGUGCAAACCCGAUAAUAAGAUAAAGAGAGACAGUGACAGACAAAAUGGCGUUUAUAAUUCUGGUGCAGUGGUAGCAGUGCUCGCAAGAGCAGCCACAGCGGGUGUUUUAAUUUUGCUAGGUCACUAGGUUGGUAGGGAGAGAUUGUUAUUGUUGGUAUUACUUUAUAGUUUGUUGUUGUUGUUGUUGUUGUUGCUGUUAUUUUAGUAACUGGUACGAUAAAGUAUAUCGUAGCUCACAGAUAUCACCUAGAGCACUAGUGAUAAACUGAUCCCGAAGGGUAUGGAUCAAACGUACACGUCGACCACCAGAAGACGUGGUCACCAGCACCAUCCGCGACAUGCGACCAGAAGAAGACUCGACAUUUCCAACAGAGGACCCGCGCAGUGUGGCCCAGUUGGUGUUGAUCAACAAAAUCAACGUAAUCUAGAAACAGAUGACAAAUGUCUGAAGUCUCUGACGUUAACUCUGUCUUUGGAUCACUGUCCUGACAGCAUUAAAGUACCAGGACAAUUGGACGGUGAAUUGAAUGAUUCAAUUGAGACGGUCCAAUUACGAGUUAAGCCCGCGCAGUGUGGCAGAUCCAAAGACACUAGAGAGUCUUCUGCUAAGAGCCAGAGUCGCAAAGUCAGACUUGAAUUGAAUGACACUAGCAAUUGUAAUAAGAGGAUAAGUGAUGCUGGUGACAAGGGAGUAAAUAAAGAGACCACGAGUCCGGAGCCUGAGCACGCGGUCGCGAGGGCUCGCGGUGACGGUCAUUCAGACGACGAAGCGCCUAAUGAAGAAGACCCAGAACUGGUCGAACUCGCGAAGCUGAGGUGUCCUAGUGAACGGACAGAAGUUACUGCUGAGAGAGAGGCGAGAAGGCGCAAAAGAUGCGCCGACUAUCCCGGUCUGGCCUUCGGGUCUUCGAUAUUCUCCAGUGACACCAUGAUGAAGUUCAGUCUUAUCAGAAAUGAACUGCAGAAUAUUAUGAGCAAUCAGCUCAAGAGGGCUGAAUCAGAAGUAGCAGCCCUCAAUCGUCGCAUCCAGUUGCUUGAGGAAGAUCUUGAAAGAUCUGAGGAACGUUUGGCAACAGCAACCGCUAAACUAGCAGAGGCUUCUCAAGCCGCUGAUGAGAGCGAACGCGCAAGGAAAAUACUCGAGAACCGGAGUUUGGCAGACGAAGAGCGCAUGGAUGCUCUGGAAAAUCAGCUGAAGGAGGCUAGAUUCCUUGCGGAAGAGGCUGACAAGAAAUAUGACGAGGUCGCCCGUAAAUUGGCUAUGGUUGAAGCUGAUCUCGAACGUGCUGAGGAACGUGCAGAAGCUGGAGAAUCGAAAAUCGUUGAGUUGGAAGAAGAAUUACGUGUUGUUGGUAACAACCUCAAGUCACUCGAGGUAUCAGAAGAAAAGGCGACACAGAGAGAGGAAAAUUUCGAAGGACAAGUGAAGAUCCUUGACAGUCAACUUAAAGAGGCUGAAGCACGUGCUGAGUUCGCCGAGAGAUCGGUUCAGAAAUUACAGAAGGAGGUCGACAGGCUCGAGGACGAGCUGACUAAUGAACGUAGUAAGUACAAAGCGAUCGCCGAGGAGAUGGAUCAAACAUUCGCCGACCUCGCGGGAUAUUAACCGAGGAUUUGAGUGAUGAGCGUGAAUAAAAUAAAAAUAAAAAAAUGAACAAAAUAAAUAAUACUGUCGUCACGCUCAUCAAUAAAAUAUUGACACUGCCAUGAAAGUUAUCGUGGAAGAUACGCAGCUAUCAUCACUUAUUAUUAUUCUUCGUCCAUUCUACUCCCAGUCUACGUAAAAAAUCUCCAUGCCAACAAUUCUUUAGUCUGUCCUUAAAUUUUUUAUCGUUAAUUUAUUGUACGAUUUAUGCAUUCCAAUGACUCGACUGAAGAUUUUUUUUAAUUUAUUAACUAAUCAUCUAUUUGUUGUUAUUUAUUAUUAUCAUUAUGAUAACAAUUGUAAUAAUUAUUUAAAAAUCAACGGCGCUUUCAUAAAAUAUCAUUUAUAAUCUAUAAGUUAUUGUUGUUAAUUGGAAUUGCUUGGGCGUAAUUUUAUUAUUUUAAAUUAAAGUACAAAAUUAUUUAGAGUUAAUGUUUAAUAUUAAAAGUGUCAAUUGCUUUUUUCCGUAUUUGCUAGCGUAGAUAAAUUUUUAAUAAAUAAAUAUAAAAUGUAAUUUUUAACUAACAUAAGACAGGGGCGAGUUGGGUCAGUUUUAUUUUUACCGCCAUUUUUUUAUGAUACUGAAGUUAGCCGAUGUCUAAUAAUUUUUGGAUUUGUUUUUCAAAACGAUAAUUUAUAAAAAAAAAUAUUUGGAAAAAUUGCACCUAUAGAUUUUUUAAUUCUCUACAUGUGCAUUUUUUUUCAUUUUUUUUUUUUUUGUCAUUGAUUUGUUUGAAAAAAAAUUCAAAAAAUUUUUAAUUGUCUGUUAACUUCAGAUCAUCAUUUUUUUCUCAUAUUUUCCGAGCUUUUGUAAUAAUUGUCAGGGUAAAAUGGACUGCUAAAAAAUUUAAACAUUUUUAUUUAUUUAUAAAUUUAAAUUUCCCGCUUUUUUUUAAAUUAAUAAAAAUAAAAAACUAGUUUAUAAAAUUACAAAAUGUCAAUUUUUACUUCAUCUGUCAUCAAAAUUUUAUUUUAGAAUCGUUACUUAACAUGACCUAUUUUUUAUUUCAAAUGUGACGGAAAGCCUGUCCAUUUUACCCCGUCAUUGGCCUAUUUUGCCCUAGAAUUUUUAAUAAAAUCUUGAAUUAUUUUUAAUUUCUAUUAGAAAAAAAAUUCUGUCCAUAUUACCCCAGUAUUUAAUGAAUAAUAAAAUUUUUAUAACAAAAACAAAUAAAAUUACUGACCGAUACCCCAAACUCUGACUACUAAAUGCUUUAAAAAAAUUAUAAAUCGCUUCCCUUAAUUUAAUUGCAAUUAAUUGUAGAUAUUUAUUAUUUAUAUUAAUUACUUUUUUUUUUUAAUAUAAAUUGUAAUCUGGUAAUUAUCGCCGAGUGCCUAUCCUCAUUAACGCGAAUAAAUAUUCGCCGUCGUCCUAAUUAUAACGAAACAUUAAAAUAAAAAUACAUUUCGUAAUUAAUAAUAACAAUUUUUUAAGACUAUAAUAUUAAUAAUAAUAAUAA